AUGACCACGGCCACGCAGCACCAGCAGCACCAGCCAUCACAACCACAAUUUGGCUUCGUCGUCGACACAUACGACCCGGAUGAGGUCGUACCUCGAGGCAGCCCCCUCAUGGCCCCGCUUCGUCCCAAACUCGAGCCCUCUCCGAGUCCUCCCCCAGAUAUCCCUCCAGCUCAAGUUAGUCUUAGUCCCACCUUCAUCGACGGUCGCGACAAGUCUAAUCGCCACAAGGUUCGCCCUACAUCAGGGGAUGCUGUCUUGGUAGCUUAUCUCGGCAACGGGCGCGAUCCGGAUGUUGCCCGCCUUGCUGGAAGCGAAGGCCUAGCCGCCGAAGAAGAAAGCUUCGACGAGGAGCCACGUCAAGAGAGGCCUGUUGAUAAUAGCACCAUGAACCGACCUUCGCUUCGGCAUCUUGCUGCAGAUGCUCUUCAAGCCGCUUCGCUUGUCCCAAUAUCACCCUCAGCUCCUAGAUCGAUCGCCGAUAUAACUGGUCAAUUAUCCAUUCACGAUGAAUCCCCAGCAGGAGGCACGCACGCGGCAUAUGUCUCUGCUCCUCGAGUCACCUCACCCCACCUUACCUCGAGCGGCCCGCUCCCUCCGCUUCAUGGCGGGUACGUCUCGCCUGGAGAGUCAAAAGAGUCUCUUCCGUCCCUCCGCUCAGCUUUGGGUGAAAUUAGGGAUCUUGGGCCUGGCCGUAUACCCGAGAAGGACCUUGCAGCCCCUUCAGGGCCAGCUACAUCCUUUCCUGCGUCAUCGCCAGGCGGCAAUCUUCCACGGUUUAGCUUAUCCACUAACCUUCCAUCAUCUCCCGUUUCACCAGAUGGCUUCCGGACCCUCUCCCCACACUCGACAGGUCCUUCAAGUAUACACUUCCACGCUGCGAACAAUACGCAUCCGCGCCCUGGGACCGACUACAGCAGUAGUAGCAAUGCCGGCGAGACACCGAGCACCGAUCAUUCUGCCUCAACCCCCGCUACCUCUGUCUCUAUUACCGACCGCAUGAGCAUCGAUGGAAUCACAAAUCCUCAGCCUACCACAGGAGCAGGAGCAUACGUUUGCAAUUUUGCGGGAUGCACGGCCUUGCCCUUUCAAACCCAGUAUCUUCUCAAUUCUCACGCAAACGUUCAUUCAUCCGCACGACCGCACUAUUGCCCAGUGAAGGGGUGUCCGAGAAGCGAAGGAGGCAAAGGAUUCAAGCGCAAAAACGAGAUGAUCAGGCACGGGUUGGUCCACGAUUCCCCAGGCUAUGUGUGCCCAUUUUGUCCCGAUAGGGAGCACAAGUACCCUCGUCCAGAUAAUCUACAACGGCAUGUUCGUGUCCAUCACGUAGAUAAAGACAAGGACGAUCCGUUACUGCGAGAUGUACUCGCUCAACGACCAGACGGUCCUAAUCGUGGCCGGAGAAGACGCGGACCGCCAUCAUAG